AUGACCUUUCCAAAGAGUUUUUGGGCGAUUCUGGCAGAGCGCUGCUUCGUCAUCGUGCUUUCCAGGACCCCUGACCUACAGAACCUGACCCCUGACCCCACAGACCCUGAUCCCACAGACCUGACCCCACAGACCCUGACCCUGACCCCACAGACCCUGACCCCCACAGACCCUGACCCACAGACCCUGACCCUACAGACCCUGACCCCUGACCCCACGGACCUGACCCCCACCGGACCCUGA